AUAAAUUGAGUCAAGUUCAUCUCAUUUUCAUCUCGAUUUCUUUUUUCCUCUUUACACACUUAUCCUCCCCACUCUUUAUAUCAUGUCAUUGACUUUGAUCAAAAACCUUACUUCACCUGCUGUUCGCAGUCGAAUGAUUUCAAUUUCUUCAAUGGCAACUGUCUCUGAAGAUACUACAAACAAUCAUACAAAGGAACCCAACUACAAGACGUUUGAAAUCUACCGCUGGAACCCUGAUAAACCUACUGAAAAGCCUGUCCUUAAGACAUACAAGAUUGAUUUAAACAGUUGUGGACCUAUGAUUUUAGACGCACUUAUCAAGAUUAAAAACGAACAGGACUCUACACUUACUUUCCGUCGUUCUUGCCGUGAGGGUAUCUGUGGAUCUUGUGCUAUGAACAUUCAAGGAGGCAACACAUUGGCUUGUAUCUCAAAAAUUGACAAGGACACUAGCAAGUCUGUAAAGAUUUAUCCCUUACCCCACAUGAACAUUGUCAAAGAUCUAGUACCUGACUUGACUCAUUUUUACAAGCAAUAUAAAAGCAUUGAACCUUUCUUGAAGCAAAAGACAUCACCUACAAACGGCAAAGAAAACUUACAAUCUAUUGAAGACAGAAAGAAGUUGGAUGGUCUUUAUGAAUGUAUUCUCUGUGCUUGCUGUUCUACUUCAUGUCCUUCAUACUGGUGGAACCAAGAAGAAUACUUGGGUCCUGCUGUCUUGAUGCAAGCCUAUCGUUGGAUGAUUGAUUCCCGCGAUCAAUUUGGUGUUGAGCGUCGUCAAAAGCUUCAGAACAAAAUGUCCUUGUAUCGUUGUCACACUAUCAUGAAUUGUUCCAAGACAUGUCCUAAGGGUCUUCAGCCAGGUGCUGCUAUUGCUAAGAUCAAGUUAUUAAUGGCUACCGAAUAAAAUAAAACAUUUCUGUUGUAUGUGUGUGUUGUCUAAUAAAAAUUUUUAAACUUUGGUAUGUAGUAUAAAUUAAAAUCAUGUUUGAUAUAAAUUUCAAAUGGUC